UCAACAUAAAAGCUUAAAAACCACCACGCGCACACCAUAUAUUGCGCUCAUCGAGGAGGGUCUUUAUUUUGAACUAAUUACCAGAACCUGCAUCCUGGCCGCCUGGUGUUCGCCGACUUGACAUUAAAUCGUGAUACUACCAGAAGAGUGUAGUUCAUGACGCAUUUGGAGCUGGAGUCGGGCGCGUGAACCAGAUGCCAGCAGCAUCAGAUGUCCUCUGUCACAAAACCAAUUAAGCCUAAUUAUCUUUAUUGAGUGACGCACUAAACAUCUUUUUCAUUUGAUAGGCUACUUUUAUAUUUUUUAAUGAAGAAUGGGCUGCGCAAUAUCAGGUCUGGCUGCAAAAGCGGAGUUUGGAGAGAGAAACACUGACGCUGCUGCAACUGCUGCUGUGUGCCCAAGCGGAGAUCAGAUUCAGAUGAUCAAGGAGUCGUGGAAAGUUAUCCGGGACGACAUAGCUAAGGUUGGAAUAAUAAUGUUCGUAAGGCUGUUUGAAACCCAUCCUGAAUGCAAGGAUGUCUUCUUCCUGUUUCGAGAUGUGGAGGACCUGGAGAGGUUGCGUACCAGUCGGGAGCUCAGGGCACAUGGUUUAAGGGUGAUGUCUUUUAUUGAGAAAAGUGUGGCCAGACUGGACCAGCUGGACAGACUGGAAGCUCUGGCUCUGGAGCUGGGAAAAAGCCAUUACCAUUACAACGCACCACCUAAGUACUACAGUUACGUCGGGGCAGAAUUUAUCUGUGCUGUGCAGCCCAUCCUGAAGGAGAGGUGGACGGUGGAGCUGGAGGAGGCGUGGAAGACCAUGUUCCAGUACGUGACGAGCCUCAUGAAGCAGGGAUACCAGGAGGAGAGCAGAAGACAGCACCUCCUCACCCUCUCCCCGAAGGAGAGACCAGAGAAGAGCAACACAGCGCUAUGAAAUCCUUCUCCUCUCACCUACAACUCAAGACUGUUGUUCCCAGCUCUGCACAGACAUGUGUUCAUGUAUAUAGUGUAUUUAUAGCAUAUAUACAGUCUUCUUUUCUACAUUGCUCAUGUUUACCACCAUCAUUGCUAUUGUAUCACAAUGAACAAAAACCUAAACACUUUUAUCAAACAAAGCACUUUAUUUCUGAACUUAAAUUCCUCUGCGGGACUCAGGAGAAUGACAUUACAAAGGGUUGACAGAAUACACUGGCUGCACUUAAUCCUGCCGUGUGAUGAAAAGAAAUGACCUUACCAGAAUUACAGCCAAUACUCUCUGUAUUCAUAACUCAAACACGCCUUUCAGUAAAUCCACAACUUUGAACCUUUUUUUGUGUCAUUUAUCUCUCAAAGAAAAUCUCAAUCACGUUCAACAAUUUAAGACUAUCAGUUAGACGGCUUGGUGGUUUAAAACGAGGAAGAAAAUUAGAUCAUUUUUACUUUAAAGGGGCAAAGAAGAUGUUCAUUUGGGGGAUAAUACAACUCAAAUUUGAUUUAAAUCUUCCCAAGCAGGUUAACAAUAACUUCAUUGAUGGACAGAAAAAAAUGGAGGGUAAUAACUGGAACAUUUAACAUUUUGCUUGAGACCCAGUCAUUUUAAAACAUGACAGCACAGCUCAUGUCAGCUGUAAAUACAACAUAAAUAGGGACUCUAACAAUUAAAUAGAAUGACAGGCAGCUAAUGAUUGGGCCCCACAGAUUUAACUCCAGAUGUGACACAGCUGUUGCAGACCUGGUUCUGAAGAAGAACUAAUGGUACUUUUGAUAAAGCUGACUUGGUUCUUCCUGUAUGUGUUUGGAGAACUCCUCAGGAUUUCUGUUCCUCAUCAUCAAUGCCACCAAGCAGCUGAGGAAGAGACAUUACCAUGCAAAAUAUGGUGUGAUAUCAAAGCAGCCACCUGGUGGAUGAACAGUGUUUCUGAGGCCUGCAGGUGAGCAGGAAGUAAGCCAGGUGGGGUGACGGACCGAGUGAAGGCCUUUCCCAUUCCCUCAGAUAGUACAGGCCAGUUUAGGUGCCUAAGAAGAUAUUAAAGAGUCUGUGUCUCAUUGA